AAUGAUCGCAUCGACGUCAAUGGUCGCGUAACGUACGUUCACUUUCGCGCACAUGUAGUAACAUGUUUCGCCCACGACUCAUGCACAGAGGUGCUGCCCCUCGUUCGAUAUCCAACUUGCCUCUUCUGCGAUCCACUGCCGUCCCCAAGCGUCCGAUUGCCCUUGUUCAGAGAUCACGACCGUCGACCUGCCGGUACUACAGACAAAUCCCCGAGGAAGAGUAUCGCCGCCGCCUCGCCGAAGCGCGACCACUCCUCUCGAAUCGACGUGCAAAGACACUCGAGACGAUUGGCACAACGAAGCAGCAUCGAAUAUUCAUCCUCGUCUGCGUCGCGGCCGCGGUCGUCUUCUACUUUGCCAACUCGCAAAAGGUCCCCGUCACCGGGAGGAGGCGAUUCAAUUUCCUCAGCGAGGACUGGUUGAAGAUCUUUGGCGUAUCGGGCGACGCGUACGUGCAAGAGCUCCGGAGAGAAGGUGUUCAGUUUGCUCCCAAAUAUGACUGGCGAUAUGCACGGGUCAUGAGUGUGAUGCAGAGGCUGGUCCCCGUCAGCGGGCAAGCAGACAAGGACUGGAAAGUCCACGUCAUACUUGAUGAUGGGGCAGCGAACGCCUUUGUUACACCGGACGGGCAUGUCUUCGUCUUCAGCGGCAUCAUCAACCUCUGCGGCAACAUCGAUUCCCUCGCGACGGUCCUCGGACACGAGAUUGCCCACAAUGUCGCAACGCAUUCAGCGGAGCGACUGUCGGCAGCCAUCAUUGCCAACCUCACCAGCGGAAGUCUGUUCCUCCUCUUCGGGCUCCUUCCAGGUCUGACACUGGCCGGACUCUGGACACUUACUGGUGGGCGGUAUGUGCAAAGCCUCAUCUACGACCUGCCCAUGAACAGGAAACAAGAGACAGAGGCGGACUAUAUCGGGCUUAUGAUGAUGGCCGAGGCCUGCUACGAUCCCCGCCACUCGAUUGGGUUCUGGGAGCGGAUGAAAGUCGUCCAGUCGCAAAGCCGAGGAUAUGAGGUGCCAGAGAUGCUGAGUACACAUCCUUCUGACGGCUCCCGCAUCGAGAAGCUGACCCAGUGGCUGCCCGAGGCGAUGGAGAAGUGGCAGGCCAGCGACUGUCAUGGCGGUCAGGGCGCAAUAGCCCGGCAGUUUAGAGAAGCGCUCUCGCAUAGGAGAUUCAUGGGCGUGGCAUGGUAGAGGGAUCAACGUAGAUACAGGCACCUGUGCUGGGCCACCCGUCCCUCCUCGCGGAUCAUUACCUGUAUAGAAUUUUUGCAAGCAGACCCCAGGAUGCGACGUUCAGGCCAUCACUUGUGAGCUUCGUAUAGCUUUUGACGCGUCCACACAAUUACACUUCAGUGCCCGGCGAGGCUGAGCAUACCGUAGGAUCACGAGGCCUCGGUUGGUGACGAAUUGCGCCGUCGCUACUGGCUGACGCGGGGCAUGACGUUGGGUCCACAGGCGACAGACCCCUGUCCCGUACAAGUGUUUAGCGGUGCCCGUCCCCAGAUUCCCCAAGGUGCCGAGG